ACGUCAUUUAUCCAAUCAUAAUUGAUCGUAGCUCAUACCUUAUACUAGUGCAUACACACCAGUGAUUUACAUCUGUACAAUUCAACUAUUUCUCUCUCUCUCUCUCUCGGCUUCCGUGGAGCCAAAAAAAAAACAAUUAAACAAAUACAAUAAUUAAUAGCCUUUAUAAACAAAUAAUGUGAAGCUUGACCAUUUGUAUACCACGCAAGUAGAAACUUAAGAUCAUUACAGAUUAAAUUCACAGUCCGGUAAACUGUAGGAAAAGACUGAGCCAAUAAAAAAUCCAGUUGUAUAUCUUGAUGCUUUACUUUAAACCAAGUUGACGAUAAACCAAGUAUGCUAGUGCGCUGUGUUAGAUAAAAUUAUAUGAUAAAAAAAAAUAAUAUAUAUACAUAUAUAUAUAUAUAAUAAUAAUAAUAAAAAGUAUAAUCCUGUGUUUAAAAAGUAACACAAGGAUUACAGACGGACUGACUUGUUCUGGUGUCACCGCCCAUAUGUCAUGUGUCCUAGUGAAUGAGUAAUAAUGUACUGUCAAGACAAGGGAUCAGCAACGUCUAAGGGUAAAGAGGGUGGUACAGUGACAAUGAGAGAUAAAAAAAAUGGUGCACUCAGCAGGGUACAGAAAUUAAAAAAACGCCUUAGCCAUAGUUUUGGUAGAUUGUCAAUAUCAAAAGAAGAGGCUGACGAUGUAGCCAAUAGAGGGCCGCUUCCGUACAAUGGAUUUUCGGAAGAAUUUUUGGAUCGUUUGGAGCGAAAUGGUAACGUUUCUGGUGACAAAGACCGUCGUUACGCAAAAUCAAUUACUUCAUCGUCUAUAUCACAUGUCUCAGAAUGGUCAGGGGUUGGUGAUCAUGACAGAGUUCACCGGCAGCUAUCAGUGUCCAGUGAUUCUAAGCUUCUAGAUGAGGAUAUACGAGAAGAAGCACGAGUUAUUUUAAGACCACGUCGACCACCUCGACCAAAGUCGGAAGUUUUUCUCGGUCCCGAUCCAGGGCCUCGUCGAACCAAAAGAUUUUCAGCAUUUGGAGGUGACUCACCUUUUGGUAAAUCUGAGGGAUACAUAAAACUAGAACAGUUGGGUGAGGGUUCUUACGCGACUGUAUUCAAGGGCUACAGUCAUCUCGCAGAGCAAGUUGUCGCGUUAAAAGAAAUAAGACUACAGGAGGAAGAAGGCGCUCCAUUUACUGCCAUUCGGGAGGCGAGUUUAUUAAAAGAGCUUAAGCACAGUAAUAUAGUUACGCUACAUGAUAUCAUUCAUACCCGAGAAACACUCACUUUUGUAUUCGAGUACGUUCACACUGAUCUCUCCCAGUAUAUGGCCAAGUACGGCAGCGGUGGCUUGGAUCCACGAAACGUCAGACUCUUUCUCUUCCAGCUUUUGCGUGGACUAGCUUAUUGUCAUCGCAGAAAAGUGUUACAUCGUGAUGUAAAGCCUCAGAAUCUUUUAAUUAGUGAAUUAGGAGAAUUAAAACUCGCGGAUUUUGGAUUAGCGAGAGCAAAGUCUGUUCCAUCUCAUACAUAUUCGCACGAAGUCGUGACAUUGUGGUACAGGCCACCGGAUGUACUUUUAGGCUCAACAGAAUAUUCAACUUCACUGGAUAUGUGGGGCGUGGGAUGUAUAUUUGUUGAGAUGCUCACAGGUGUACCGACAUUUCCGGGUGUGCGAUGUACCUAUGAUCAACUUGAUAAAAUAUUCAAAAUAUUGGGAACGCCGACAGAAGAAACAUGGCCAGGAGUUACGCGACUACCCGGCUAUAAACCUCAUCGACUAGCAUUUUAUCCAAUUCGUAAACUCGGUCUAUCUUUUCCGAAACUUUACGAUGUCGCUCAAGGGGAUAUUAUGGCAUCCUCACUAUUACAACUUAAUCCAGACGAACGAGUAGAUGCUGAAGAAGCACUUAGACAUCCGUACUUCUCUUCUUUACCUAGGAAAUUAUACGAAUUGCCGGAUGAGGUAUCGAUAUUCUCCGUAGAGGGAAUUUAUCUUCAUACAGAAACCGGAGAUACGUACAUGGACUCACGUCAUACGGCACUCAAAACUUGAGGUCGAGGAUAGAUUACUAAAACAAUAUAAUUACUAAAUCUAAUAAGAGAAAAAAAGUGCUAAAAUAAUAAACCAACCGAAUUGAAAUUAAAAAAAAAAAAAAAAAAAAAACAAAAAUUAUUAAUUUAAUUAUCUUGACAAUUAACUGUUUACUUUUAAUUCUAUCUGAUAUAAUUAAAUAGCAAUCGAGAUUAUCUUCACUAUUUCUUCUCUUUCAAUUAUUAUUAUUAUAAUUAUUAUUUUCUAUUAAUACAUUAUCAAUUAGUUGAUUAAUAAAAUGUAAUCUAAAUGAGCAAGAGGAAAUAUUACGUUAAGAUUAAUAUGAGAAAAAAUAAAAAAUUAGUCGGAGUGAAAUGUAUGAUACAUUUGAAAGUUAUAUAUAUAUAUAUAAAUAUAUAUAAUAUACACGUUGUAGAAAGCAAGAGCACGCACAACCCAUCCUCGCACUUCGUCCAAGUACUAGCUAUUAGACUGAAUAAAUCAAAAAAUUUAAAAAAAAUAAAUAAAUAAAAUGUUUUGAAUAAACGAAAAAAAAAUAUCCAUUACAAUCCUGUGUUAAAAAAAGUUCAUUGCAAAAAAAUUCCAAAAAUUAAAAUCUAUGGAACUUCUAAACUUGAGACAGAGUAGAACUUCAAGUAAAAAUUUCUUUGAAAUUUUGUAAUUUGAUAGUCAAAAAAAAAGUUAUCUAGGAUUUUAUAUCAGCGAAUUUUGAAUAAAAAAAAAAAGUUUUUGAAACAUAUUUCUAAAAAUGGGGAUGGCAUCACCCGUGUAAAAAAAAUUCGUUCAAAAAAUUUUUGUAGUGGAUUCAAAAAUUAAAAAGAUUCUGAACUUUAAGUUGAACAUUUUUGGAACUGAAAAAUUUUCAACUGCUGUAGGCUUUUUCUAAGGGAUUUUUUUUUUGAGCAAAAAUAAUUUGGAUUGACAAUUUUUUGGGUUUGAAGAAGAUUGAAAAUAAAAGGAAUUAAUUAGGAAUUUUGAACAUGACGACUCUUACCAGAAUUAUUCAGAUAUGAAGCAAAAAAAAAAAAUAAAAAUUAGUUGAAAAUACAUGAACAUUUUUUGGCUUUUAUUUGAAUUUCUUGGGACGGUCAGUUUUCUUUUUUUUUUAAACUUGGGUACAGCUUCAUUUGAACCGAAAAAAAUCUACCAUUUAAAAAGUUUUCUAAUUAAAAACUCUAUAAUUUUCAAACUACUACUAUUUUAAAUCUCUACACUAAAAAAAUUAUCGAAUUUUAAUACUGUAGUAUUUUGUUUAGUAGAGUUAUAUUUUGGUAGUGAUUUAAACAUCAUUGAGUUUUUAAUUGGGAGACUUUUGUUAUGGUAGAAUUUUAAAUGAUAGAUUUUUUUUUUUUUGGUACAAAUGCAGUUGGGCCUUGCUCGAAAAUAAUCCAAAAAAUGAGUGAUAGAAAAUAAUUAUGAACUUUUUAUAAAAUUAUUAACUCAGAAAAUUAUUAAUUCAAAUUAAUUUUGCUUAAAAAAUUUCAAAAAAAAAACUCCACAAGAAAAGUCUACUAAAUAAAAAUUUUCCCCGCUAUCAUUUUAAAUUUCCAAAAAGGUUCAACUUAAAGUUCAGAAUGUUCUCAAUUUUUGAAGUUUAAAAAACAAAUUUUUUUUUACACUUAAAAACGUUCUUUUUGACUCAAAAUUCUUUUAUAUAAAAUUCUAGAGAAAUUUUUUUUUACCAUAAAAAUUACAAAAGCCUCUAAAAAUUUAAAUCCAUGGAAUUUAUUUUCAACGCCAAACUUUUUUGGAAUUUUUUUAUAACGAUUUUUUUUUACACAGGAAAUAUCAUGCCACCGUUUAGGGUUCUCACCAAGUUAUUAAUCAAUAACGCCGGUUUGAUAUAGCAAUUAAUGACGUAGAUUAACAAUAUCGGUAAUUAAAAUUUUUUAAAAUAAAUAAAAUAAAGUCACGUAAGAUUUGUAGCGCUCGGAACUCUGGUUAAAUUAACAUAAAAUAAUAAUUGUGUUCACAAUUUAUUACUUCUUUACUAAAAAUUUUAUGUUCGGUCAUUUUUAAAUAUUUAACACACAAACAUACAACUACGUAAAUAUAAAUUACAAUAAUAAUAAUAAUUAAAACAAAAACAAUAACAAUCAAAUGGUUAAAAACUAGACCAUUAUUUAUUAUGUAAUAAAUAGAAUAAUAAAAUAGAUAAAAUGUAUUCUUUAUAAGUAAGAGAUAAAAAUAAUAAUAAUAAAUGUAUCGACGGUUUAAUCGUUGAGAUAUACAUAUAUAUGUAUAAAUUAAUCAGCGAGUGUUAUUUGAAUUAAUAAUUUUAUAAAUUAAUAGUAGUUUAAUUUUUAUAAAAUUAUAAGUGAUUAAUUAAAUAGGCCAAUGGUGCUCGAUAAAUAUUAUUAUUAUUACGUAAUUAAUUAAUUAAUUAAUUAAAUAAAUAAAUAAAUGGAUUUAAAUAAAGACAAUUAACAAAUAAAUAUCAUAUUGAUUAAUAUUAUCGGUAAACUAGUAAUAGUUGCCUAGGUGAUAUUAUAAAUAAAUAAAUUAAUUAAUUUAAAAAUGAUAAUAAUAAUAAUUGAAUAAUAUAUUUAUUAGUUUUAAACGUGGGUAGAUAAAUUUAUCAAUGAACCGACGCUACAAAUCUGGAAAUUUAAAAUAUUUCAGCUAGACGUAAUUAGAUUUAUUAUUUUUAUCAUUAUUAGUAAUUAAUUAUUAAAUCAAUAUCGUAAUUAGUAGAUUUUUAUAUAUAUAUAUUGGGGUGACUCGAAAAAACUGACUACUUUUUUUUGAGUCUCAUUUGAAAAUUUUUUGGUUUAAAAAAUUUUCGAAAUACUCCAAAAAUCAGGUCAAUAAAAAUUUGGGGAUCACUCGAAAAAUUUGGAAAUUUUUAAAAUGAUUGAAAUUCGGAUAUUUUUUUUUGUGAAGGAAAUAUUUUGUGUAAAAUCAAUAGCAUGCGGAAGUUUUACUCAAAAUAUUGAUUUUUAAACGUCGUUAAAAAAUUUUGAAUAUUUACUCGCAAUAGAUAACUAAUACUUUGAAUUAAUUUUGGGAUUUUUUUUAUUACACUGUAAAAAUCGGAAGUGAAUUAGGAUUUUAUUCAAAUUCAAAUUUACUCCAUCACUCGGAGUUCCGGAGUUUAAAAAAAAUUAUUCCGUAUACGGAGUAAAUAGGGAGUUUGCUUUUUCAUCAGAGUGAUUUUGAUUUUAUUUACUCCUACUCGAAGUUUUAAUAUUAAAAUAAACUCCGCUUGGAGUAAAUUUUUCUCCGAGGUAUUAAAUAAAUAAACAGUUAUCUGCUCCACAUUUACUCCGUGUUCACUCUCUAAAUUUUUUACAGUGCAAUUAUCAUUUUACUAAAAUAUAACUUUUGCUUAACCGAAAAAAUACUAGACCAUCUUAAACAAUAAAAUUUUAGUAUUCAAAAAAUUUUAAAUUUGAAUUAAAAAAUAAAAAGUAUGGAAGUAAUUAAUUUUUUUUAUGUCUCGGGUUAUAUUUUUAUUAAUUAUGGUAUAAAUUAAUGGUGAAAAAAUUGAAAUGCUUUAAUAUUAAUAUUCAAGGGUCGCUCGAAAAUGUCCGAAAGACCACUCGGACAUUCAAAGAUCUUGAGCGACGUUCAAUUAUUUAAAUUUUUGGCAUAUUCAUUAUUUUACAGAUAGAAAAUAAUUCUGCCACGAUAUAGAAAAAAUUCCGAAUUUAAAUCAUUUUUUGAAUUUUCAAAAUUUGUGAGUGACCUCUUAAAAUUUUUUAUCGACCUGAUUUAUGAAAGUUUUGAAAAAAUAUUUAACAAAUUCCCAUAUGAGCCUCGAAAAAAAAAUUCAGUUUUUUUGGGUUACUCUAAUAUAUAUGUAUAUAUAUAAAUAUAAACUUUUAUAUUAUUUUUCUGCACCUAUUAAAUAUAUCGCGGAAAUGAUUUUUUUUGCUCACAUCCACUAUGCAAUUGAAAACUGACUAUUAAAUAAAAUAGUUUUUGAUUUUUUUAUUCUUUAUAAAAAAAAAUAUAUAUAUAUACUUAUUACGAUAGCGUGUAAAUAGAACACCAUUUAUUAUUAUUAUUUUUUAUUUUUAUUAUUGAUGGUAAUAUUAAAUAGUUUAGCAUCGACUAAUCAAUAUGCAU